CUUGAGACUAGACUUUAGUGUUUAGUGGUCUAUGAUAUGAAUAAAUCAUAUUCGGAUUGUGUUUUGACGUUUUGACAUUAUUUGACGUUUGAGAAACUAACUUGCGCAUGUAUAAUAUGAAUAUACAUAUUGGAAAUGUGUUAUAUUAGACACGCCUUCCCUUCUAAUUAACAAGCGUAAUCGUUUUCACUGUUUUGUCAAUUAGUUAUACUUCAAAAUGGAUUUUUUAAAAGCUGAAAUUGCAAGAAAACGAAAGCAACUGGAAGACUCAAAUAUCAUAGUAGAACAUAAAAAGUAUUUUAAACGAUCAGAUUUAUUAGCUAAGGAAAAGGAAGAAUAUAUUAACAAUAACAUAAGCGAACACCAAUCAUCUAAAACAGAACAAACUAAUUUAAACUCAAAUGAUUCUUCGUCGUCUUUCAAAACAGAACUAAAAAUUUUAUCUAGAAGUGAAGUUAUUCGGAAACUUAGAGAACGGCGUCAACCAAUAUUAUUAUUUGGGGAAACAGAAGAACAAGCAUUUCAUAGAUUACGUCAAAGUGAAAUAUCAGAACCUGAAAUUAAUCGCGGUCUGAGAAAUGAUUUCCAAGCGGCUAUGGAGCAAGUUGAUCAAGCUAUAUUAGAUGAAAUGGUCGAAUCUAAUUUUUUCAAUAACACUAAACAUAGUCAUCCUGAGGACUACUUAUCUGAAGAAUCAACCACAUAUGAAGACAUCCAGAAAAUGGCAGAAAAUUUGGGUACUGGAAAUAGAGAGUGUGAUAUGAUAGUCAUCAUGACAUUAUUACAAUUUUUAAUGAAACAAUGGUAUUUACAGUUAGAAAAAAGCAAAAUAAAAAAUUUGACUACAAAAGAAAAAAUAGCUAGAGCUACGUUUAAUCAAACACGAGACUAUCUCAGACCUUUACUUAGAAAACUAAAAUCAAAAUCUUUACCUGAUGAUAUAUGCGAUAGCCUUUGCGAAAUAACAAGGCAUUUAUUAGAUAGAAAUUAUAUCAUGGCAAGUGAUGCAUAUUUACAAAUGGCUAUUGGAAAUGCACCAUGGCCAAUUGGAGUAACCAUGGUUGGUAUUCAUGCACGUACAGGACGAGAAAAAAUAUUUUCAAAGAAUGUUGCUCAUGUGAUGAAUGAUGAAACUCAAAGAAAAUAUAUUCAAGGACUAAAAAGGUUAAUGACAAAGUGUCAGGAAUAUUAUCCCACAGAUCCAAGUCGUUGUGUAGAAUAUGCUAAGUAAUAUAUUUUAAAUUAUUUGUUUGGUAAAUAAAUUAUAUUUAAUUUGAGGUUUCAAUUAGAAAAAAUCCGUUUUAAAUUUUUCUUUGCAAUAUUACUUCAAUACUCCUGAGGUUAUAAAAUGACUCAAUAUUUUGUUUAAUAUGUACACAUGUAAACUAUUAUGUACUAUGAACACUAUCAUGUAAACAAAAAUCCCACAUUUCUAUACAUUUCAUAAUAAUUUUGAUUUUGUAUUUUUUAUACUUAUUAAAGUAUAUUAUUUAGUUUUUUAAAUAUUUUAUUAUAUAUAGAUAUUUGUAUUUUGUGUGUAUCAAGAUCAACAUGUAAUUAACUUUAAGCAAAUCAGUCAUGAUUGAAUUUUUGGAAAGGCGGGCC